AUGACUACUUUGGAUGAUAAACUGCUUGGUGAGAAGCUCCAGUAUUAUUACAGCAGUAGCGAGGGUGAGGAUGAAGACAGUGAGAAAGAAGAUAAGGAACGGGAGAGCGCCAUUCCUGAAAGCAUGGGGGAAGUAGAGCUUAGCAGCGAUGGCAGUGCAGUCAACACAGGUCCCAAAGGUGUCAUUAAUGACUGGCGAAGAUUUAAACAACUGGAAACUGAACAGCGGCAGGAGCAGCGCAGAGAAAUGGAACGACUCAUAAAAAAGUUAUCUAUGACGUGUAGAUCUCACUUAGAUGAAGAGACUGAUAAGCAGAAGCAGAAAGAGCUUCAGGAAAAAAUCAAUGGAAAGAUGACGUUACAAGAAUAUAACAUGAUUCACAACGAUGAAGAUGAUGAGGAAUUUUUACAGCGAUACAGGAAGCAGCGAAUGGAGGAGAUGAGGCAGCAGUUGUACAGUGGGCAGCAAUUUAAACAGGUUUUUGAGAUUACCAGUGGAGAAGCGUUUUUGGACACAGUUGAUAAAGAGCAUAAGAGCACACUGAUCAUGAUCCAUAUUUAUGAAGAGGAUAUCCCUGGCACCGAAUCCCUGAACGGCUGUAUGAUUUGCCUGGCUGCUGAGUAUCCAACAGUUAAAUUUUGCAGAGUAAAGAGUUCACUCAUCGGUGCUAGCACUCGCUUUACUAAUAAUGCUCUGCCAGCUUUGCUGAUCUAUAAGGCAGGUGAGCUCAUCGGCAAUUUUGUGCGAAUCACUGACCAGCUUGGAGAAGAUUUUUUUGCUGUAGACCUGGAGGCUUUUCUGCAGGAAUGUGGUUUGCUUCCAGAAAAAGACCUAGUGCUCCUGACUUCUAUACAUAAUCCGUCUGCAUGUUACAGUGAAGACAGUGAUCUGGAAAUAGACUGAACCACUUAUCCCAAGGGGCCAGUAGGUGUAGUUGUACUGUGGGAUGUUCUUGUGCUAGGGAUUGUUCUCCUUCUUCCUUAGUGUGGGUAUGUAUUCUUCCCUUCAUGCACUUUGACUUUUGCUUGUUAAAAAUAACAUAAGGAAUUCCUAACA